AUGUCGGUGACUUAUUUCUGGACGCCUACGUUGACGAAGCUAUCGGUUUUGACAUUGAUCCAUCAGGUUUAUCAUGCGAAGUGGGGAAAAAGAAGCGCCUGGAUUACCGGUGCCUGCAUUGUUGUAUACACCAUCGUACUGACGGUGCUGGUAACCGGACCCUGCGAUCCGCUCCAUGGGAGCGUUGUGUGCCUCACGCACGCUGGUACUGCCCAUGCUGCCUUGAACAUCAUUUCAGAUGUAUUAGUCAUUGGCCUGCCAAUUCCUUUGGUCCACCAACUCCAGAUGCCAACGCGCCAGAAGGUCUCAGUAGGAAUACUGAUGACUUUGGGCUCAUUCUGUGUCGUCGCAUCAAUUGGCAGGAUCGCGUUUGUGAACGACAUCCAAGACAAUCCGGACAUUACGUGGUGUCAAGCUAGAGUUGGGGUGUGGUCGGCUAUUGAGUUGAACAUUGGGAUCCUAGGUGCCAGCUUGGCUCGCCUCAAACCCUUUGUUCAAAGGUACUUUCCAUCGUUAUCGACAACUAUCGUCUCGACUGGGCAGAAAUAUGCAGGUUCAAGUGGAUUCAAUGACAGCAAGCAGCGGCCGGGUCGCGACGAAUACCUCCUACACAGCAUCCAAAGGAGCGGUGUGCACACUUCUGAUGGACAAGGAGACCGUGGAGGGAUCAAUGUGAAGUCUGACAUCUACGUUACGCAGUCUGAGCAAGCUUCAGAGAAUGCUGACGUUCAAAAGAACUGGAAAUAG